AAUGAGAGGAGUUUCCUCUUUUUUCUUUCUCACAAACUUUUCCUGCAAUAACCAAUCCACGUCAAACUCCUCCCUUGUAGUAAAAAUCGUUUUGCAGUCAAACUCCCAGACAGAAAAACUCCGGUCGGAGGAGUGACAGCGGGCGCAGCAGGCAGUAGCGGAGCUCACGGACGCAGCAUUGUGGGAAACGUUGAAGCACUCUCGCAUUUGUGGCAGCGAUCGGCGCGCGAAACCCUGUGUUCGGCUCGUUCUCUGUGAACCACAGGAAUAGAGAGAGAGGUCUCCAUUCCACUCCAGACAUCCAUGGCUUUGUGCAACGGGGAUACCAAGCUGGAUAUCGGGGGAGAACCCAAGGAUGGCUCCUGUCAUUAUGAAGGAGCUGUGGUGAUCCUGGACGCCGGUGCACAGUACGGGAAAGUCAUAGACCGGCGCGUGAGAGAGCUGUUAGUACGGUCGGAGAUCUUGCCGCUGGAGACUCCUGCGUUCGCCAUUAGGGAACAGGGAUUCAGGGCAAUCAUCAUAUCCGGAGGACCAAACUCUGUCUACGCAGAAGAUGCACCCUGGUUUGACCCUGCCAUUUUCACCAUUGGGAAACCAGUUUUGGGGAUCUGCUAUGGCAUGCAGAUGAUGAAUAAAGUUUUUGGGGGCACCGUUCACAGGAAGAGCAUGCGGGAGGAUGGGGUGUUCAAUAUCAGCCUUGACAACUCCUGCUCCCUUUUCAGGGGUCUCCAGAAGGAGGAGCUGGUGUUACUGACACACGGUGACAGUGUUGACAAGGUGGCUGAUGGGUUCAAGGUGGUGGCUCAGUCAGGGAAUAUCAUUGCAGGAAUCGCCAAUGAGCAGAAGAAGCUGUAUGGGACUCAGUUCCACCCCGAGGUCGACCUGACAGAGCGAGGCAUGGAGAUGCUGCGGAACUUCCUGUUCGAGAUCGCCGGCUGCACCAGCAACUUCACCGUGCAGAACCGCCAGCAGGCCUGCAUCCGUGAGAUUCAGGAGAGGGUGGACAAGUCAAAAGUGCUGGUGCUGCUGAGUGGUGGGGUGGACUCCACAGUGUGCACGGCCCUGCUCAACAAGGCCCUCAACCAGGAGCAGGUCAUUGCUGUCCACAUCGACAAUGGCUUCAUGAGAAAGAGAGAGAGCCAGAGUGUGGAGGAGGCUCUGACCAAGCUGGGCAUCAAAGUCAAGGUGGUGAACGCCGCCCACACAUUCUACAAUGGAACAACAACCCUUCCCAUCUCAGAGGAGGACAGGACGCCCAGGAAACGCAUCAGCAAGACUCUGAACAUGACCACCAACCCCGAGGAAAAGAGGAAGAUCAUAGGCGACACCUUUGUCAAGGUGGCGAAUGAGGUGAUUGGGGAGAUGAACCUGAAGCCGGAGGAGGUGUACCUGGCCCAAGGCACGCUGAGACCAGACUUGAUUGAGAGCGCCUCAGUCAUUGCAAGUGGCAAGGCUGAGGUCAUCAAGACGCACCACAACGACACUGAAUUGAUCCGCAGGCUUCGCGAUGAGGGAAAAGUAAUCGAGCCUCUGAAGGACUUCCACAAGGAUGAGGUGCGAGCACUGGGACGAGAGCUGGGGCUCCCUGAAGACAUCGUCUCUCGACACCCCUUCCCUGGUCCUGGUCUGGCCAUCAGGGUGAUCUGUGCUGAUGAGCCCUACAUCUGCAAAGACUUCGCCGAGACGAACAACAUUCUGAAGAUUGUUGCUGACUUUUCAGCCAGUGUCAAAAAGCCACAUACCCUGCUGCAGAGAGUAAAGUCCUGCAUUUCAGACGAGGAAGAGGAGAAGCUAAUGCAGAUCACCAGCCUUCAUUCACUCAAUGCCUUCCUCCUGCCAAUCAAAACCGUGGGCGUCCAGGGUGACUGCCGCUCCUACAGCUACGUGUGCGGCCUGUCCAGUAAGGAGGCCCCUCACUGGGAGUCUCUAAUGUUCCUGGCCAGACUCAUCCCCCGAAUGUGUCAUGCCAUCAACAGAGUGGUGUAUGUGUUCGGGCCACAGGUGAAGGAGCCCCCUUCGGACAUCACCCCCACCUUCCUUACCACAGGCGUACUGAGCACGCUCAGACAGGCUGACUUUGUGGCCCACUCGAUCCUGCGGGAGUCUGGCUACUCUGGAAAGAUCAGCCAGAUGCCAGUGAUCCUGACCCCCUUACACUUUGACCGUGACCCCCUGCAGAAGCAGCCCUCUUGCAGACGGUCGGUGGUCAUUCGGACCUUCAUCACCAGCGACUUCAUGACUGGCAUUCCCGCCACCCCUGGCAACCACAUCCCUGAGGAGGUGGUGCUGAAGAUGGUGAAUGAAAUUAAGAAGAUCCCUGGAAUUUCGCGGGUCAUGUUCGACCUGACGUCCAAGCCCCCAGGGACCACAGAGUGGGAGUAGAGACAUCCGAUUUCCGACCCUUCCUCCCCCAACACAGUCACCCCUUCCUGUCCCUCACGUUCCUCUCCUCUCCUUCCCCUCUGAGAUAUGAACAUUCCCAAUUUCUGCAGGCAGUACUGUGACCAGCGCACACCUGGAGCCGCUACCGUGCACCACCUCCCUUUUUGGGGGGUGUGCUGUUGUUCUUUUUUUUUUUUUCUUCUCUUAGUGACCACGUGUUGUUUUACUGUUCUGCUAAUGCUGCAUCCUCUCGGAGGUCAGAGGUCAGCCACGGUGUGGAGCAUCCACACGGUGUACUUUCAGUUGCAACGCAAAACAAACAGCAAAAUGAGAAAAUGGGUUCAAAGUGUCAAUGGUUUUGCCUUUUACAUGUCACCUCUGUGUUUUUACUUAGUUCAACAUAGUCAUCCAGUCUUUCUUUGCUCCAGGAUCUUUUUCAUAUAAACUGUUUAAAUGUAUAGAGUGCAAAUACUCUGAAGUACUGUAGCAGAAGUACAGUAAUUCAACAUAGUGAAGAUGUGACCAAUUCACAUUUUGCCAAAUGCAAAUAUGGUGUAAUUUUUGGGGGAUGCACAACUCUCCCAAGUUACCGAAUUGUUCCCAGAAAAUGCUAGUGGAGUUUAUAAGCUGCUGAGUGCAGUAAGCAGAGAAACGGUUAGAUUUGCAUAGAUGUGCUACUGUAAGGGGCAGCCCCAAAAUAGGGUGUGCCACAAAGUUUGUGCCUGUUUUUCCCGACACGGUGGAGACCCAGACCCAAUGGGAGUGUGUACUGUACUGUUUUUUUUUCCGUUCUGCAAUAAGUGCUUAUGUAAGAAAAAGAUGACAAAAAAGUAAAAUGGAGAGACACGAUGGUGAGUAACGUACCCAUUUGUAUCCGCUUUGAAUACAUGGUCAUUGUCAUCACCACCACCCAGGCAGUUUUGAUGUUGUGUAAGGUUAACUUUUUGCACAUUAAUUGCAUCUUGAUUUACCCAUGGCCUUGGUGCUUUUCUUGCUUCAUAGAGUAAUAGUAUUUCCAGGUUAAAAGAAGUUUGUUCUAGGCGAGUGGAGUUUUAGGGGGUUCAUUCUGGGCUGUUGGCAUCUCGUUGCGUUGUCGUGGGACUCUGUUACACAAGGUAGAAUUAUAUGUAGAUUAUGUGGCGCAAGGCCAGUGCUAGGGCUGGA